AUGUCGAAUCCAAGUGGAGGAAAUACAAGCAAUAGUUCCAAUGGGCGUUGGCAAUUUAUUGAUGCAUCUGAUAACCGUCGCAGCAAUCUGACACAGGUCAAACGUCAUGUCAUGCAAGAGUAUAUGCGUCAAAAGAAGGGCGAAUCUCGUCAAAGCGAUGGUGAAGAAGAUACCAAUCGUCCACCGCCCAAACGGGGACGCCCUAAGAAGGCCAAUACAUUGAAACGAAAGCCUGCCAAGAACGCUAAAAAUGACAAUCAGAGUGCUUCAAACACAUCUACAGAGGAGUCUGGACCUCUUUCCACAGAAGGGUCUGCACUAGACGACGUUGAAACCACACAGGACUGGUACCAUGGAAUACCAACGUCAUCACAUCCUCACACUCCCUUUUUCCAACUUCCAUUUCGGGAUCCGCUGCCUGAGACACAAGGAAGCCCUUUUUUACCAGACUUUGCCCAUAUCGAUCCGAGGAGCAGCUUCUCAUCGAGUCCCGCAGGACUAGCAAGUCCCUGGGAAAUCGCUAAAUCCCCGAGGACCAUCAUGAGCGCUGCCAGAACAGACCCAUUCAACUCGCUUCCAUUGGAACUGGAUCUAGAUGGCCAGAGACUUUUCGACUUUUACGUGAACGAUAUGCCAGCGUGCUCUUAUGGGACCCAUUUCCGGUCACCAAAAGCUCAUAACUGGUAUACUUCUGUCUUUGUCCCUGAAGGAAUGAAAGGCGGCGUGGCAUUUCAGAACACCGUACUUGUCCACGCUGCGAAUACAUGGGCCUGGGUCCGCAAUGAGACUGAAACCACGGAUACCCUGAUACAUCGAGAUCGUGCUAUCAGCAUGCUUCGCGAGCACUUGUCCAAGAACCCCCGAGAUAACUCUGACGUUGCUAUUGUAUCCUGCUUGAGCGCCGCUGCCCUGGAAGACUUUGAUCCACGACCAGGGCACAAGGAAAUCAGCUGGGUGCAUAUGCGUGCAGCUCGCGAGAUGAUCCGGAGCCGUGGGGGGCCCGCUGCUUUUUUGAAUACCCGUCUUGGAAUGUUGAUCAAUUGGCAAGAUUAUAUCUUGUCGGGGUACGAGACACAUGGGCCUAGCUUUUCAUUUGAGCACCCUUCAGCCAUCAAGGCCUUGCCGGAUCCCACUCCACCUCAGACUUCUGAUUCCGUUAUUGCUAUUCCUUCCCCGCCUUCUUCUACCUCUUCCGCCCUGUCUGAUACAUCACCUUGUGUGGAACUUCCUUCAAUUUCCCAGCAAAUCUCAAACACCUACCCCAUGGAUGAGAUUCGUCUUCAGUGCGAAGAAUUCCUUGAUUUCCUCCGUCGCUGCGAGCAGCUCUCCCUCUACCAAAAAGAUAAUCCAGGAUCCUGUGAUCCAUCCCGACACACAUGUGUCUCAGGGACAUCUCCUCUCUUCCAGAUCCUAGCCGCUCCUCCUGGCUCCCGAUUCACAUCCUCGGGAGAUCGCAAGCAAAUGGUCGCCCGCAUGACUGCCCUCAUGAUGCUGAACGCCGCCUUCUGGGACUACCGAUACAGUCCUCCCCAUGCAGGAACAUUCCUGAGAACGCUAGAGCAAGCCAUUGUUGACAGUGAAGUCAGCAUGAGUGGCUCCGUUGAAGCAAUUCUCCAAAUCCUUCUCGCGUGUAACGACGGCUAUACGGCAGAAUGGGUUACUGGUCCUUGUGGAUCUACUUCGCCUGUCCGCUCAGAGUUUACGCCGGAUUUCACACAAUAUUCUCCCUCUGCUACAUCCCCUUCGGAAAGACCUUGGUUUGCCGGCCGGAUGCUGAAAAUUGCUAAGCGGCUCAGUGCGGACUGGUGGUAUCGCAUUAAUGAUUUCCUUUUCUCUUGUCUGACUAUGCAAUUGUCGGAGCCUACUGCAUAUCUGUGGGAGACUGAUCUACGACGCGAGGUUCUCCAGGCGCCUUUGACGAGCUAUGUUAUGCCAUCGUUGAUGUAA